AUGAGGCAAAUCAAGAUGAAUUGCCGCUCGGCCCUCCCGGCGGUUCCCACCCGGGCUGCCGGGAGGCUCGGCGGAGGGAGCGGAGAGUCCCUCCAGAGAGCGGAGCGCACUCGGGAGCGGGGGGGACUCGCGGCGGCCGGGCCGAGACCCCCGGGCGGGCGCCCCCCGGAGCGGGACCCUCCCCCCGCCCGAUACCGGGAUCCCCCCGCUCUGAGGCAGGCAGCCUCCUCUCUUUUCGUUUUUUCUUCUAUUAUUGUUUAUUUCUUUCUAUUUCUUCACCUUUCCCCCCACCCCCCCGACACUCUCUCGGGUCGGGGGGAGGUAGUGGCCCCCCCCGUGCCCGGCCGCGCUGCCCGCUUGGCCCAGCGCUGCUCCCGUCGGUUUUCCUGCGCCGUGUCAACGCUUCGGACGGGUCUCCCAUACCUGCCCGUUUCUACACCUCCGAAAUUAAAGAACCUUUUCACUCCUCUGCGAGACCCAUCGGCAUUUUUGGAAGGAAGGAACUUCCUUGGGAAAACAGCUGACAUUCGAGCCCGGCCGAGUUUUCUGGAAGACACUGCAGCCGGGCAAGGGCGCAGCCCGCUCCCCCCAGCGCCGCACUCCGCACAGCGGGCGCUCAAGAUGUGCUGGUGUUGGAGGCCGCAUUUCAUGAGCUCGGCUCUCGCUCGUCCUAGGCAGAGACUCAGGGCAGCUCCGCGCCUGCAGGGAGAAAUGCGGGUACGGCAGCUCGACUCCUGCUGCCAGGGGGCUUUUGCUCGCCUUCUCCCUUGGGGUCCCGGACACCUUUUGCCUGCCGCAAGGUGGAGGCUGAGGUUUGGAGUCGGGUCCGUGUAGGUGGCACCGUGCGAACGGGGCUCCGAUGGGGGAUGCGGAGUGAGCUGGAGGUGAAUCCCCGGCUCGCGGCCCCGGUCUCGCGCGGCCCGAACCGCCGGCGGAGGAUGGAUGCAUCGCAGCGCUGGCCUGAAACAGGAGGAAAAUAAUGCAAGGGGAAGUAAUAAGAACGAAAAACACCGAAAGAAAUGAAAAUAAAAGGAAAAAAAAAUAAUAACAAUGAAGGGAGGAGGGUGGAGGGGGAAAUAAUACAAGAGUAAAUAAUAAUAAAAGGUUAAAUAAUAAAAGGAAAAUAAUAACAGGAAGAAAUAACAAGAGGUAAAUUUAGUAAGAAAAAGCCGCAGCUCCAGGGGCUGGGGUGGAGCUGAGGAAGAGCCGCAGCCCUUCGGCCCCAGCCCCCGUCCGAGUGGCGCUUGGGGCCGUGUGAGCGCGGAGCUCCGUGUGCAGCCGGCCCGCUCCUGAGGAUGCUCCCGCGGGUGCCCACAGAGCGCCAGAUAACAGUGGCGGGGGCGGACCACCAGCACCGCCCCUCUGCGCUCCGGCGGGGUUUGGC